UGCAGAGUCACCUGCAGCCUUGCCAGGUGGCAAGACCAGACAAAAUACCAGAGACAGUAAUACGAUAAAGGGUGGAUGUGAGGUGAGAUGAGCAGAUAUUUUUGACAAGAGGCGUGAUAAGAAAAGAGAAAUAACAAAAGAAGACUCCAACCUCAUCACCUCCCAUCAUGUCUUUGUCCAAGCCAGAGGAGCUGCUUGCUUACGAGCUGAGUUGCCCCAUCUGCCUCCAGCUCUACUCUGAUCCGGUGGUUCUACCCUGUGGGCACAACUACUGUCUAGCCUGCAUCUGCAAGACCGCUGUCACCCAAGGCGGCACGACGGUUCCAUGUUGCCCAGAGUGUCGUGAGGAAUAUCAGGGUCUGGACUCCCUGAAGAGAAACUUCAAACUCUGCAGCAUCAUCGAGGGUUACCGAGCCACCGCUGCGCAUCUGCGCGGGCUUCCUGACGCCAAGCCUGGGAGGAUGGAGGUUUUCUGCGACCAAUGUAUAGACGAACAGUCGCCGGCUGUGAAGACCUGCCUGAAGUGCGAGGUGUCGCUGUGCGCCAGGCACCUCCAGAGACACCACGAGAAGGAGUCGUUCAAGGCGCACGCUGUGGUGGAGCCUCUGAAUGAGAUGGGAGUGAAGGGCUGCACCGUCCACCAGCGUUUGUUUGAGUACUUUUGCUCCAGUGACAUGACCUUGCUGUGCGGCACAUGCUUGAUAGAAGGUCAUCACCAGAACCACGAUGUUCUCACCUUCGUCGUAGCCGAAGAAGAGAUGAGGCGGGCGCUGGAGAGCCGCAACAAGGUGGUUUGCUGCAGGCUGCAGAUGACCGAGAGUCUCCUACAGAAGACGGCAGAGGAGCAGGGAGCCUCUGAAGCUGUGGGAGACAAACUGAUCAACAAGGCUGUCACUCUCAUGGACGGUAUAGCUGCACUCGUGGACAGGUACAGGGAGCGUCUGAUUGUGCUUCUGGAGGAGGAGAGAGGCCAGCGCAGAAAAAGCUGGCAGCUCGGACUGAGCGCACUGGAAGAGCAGCAGCAGCAGUUAAUGAAGGUCCAGCAAAGUGCCACAGAGGCACUCAAUGAGACUGACACGUGCAUCUUCAUACACAGGUUCAUGCAGAUUGACCAUAAGAUGAGAGAAGUUGUCGAAGACACCAGUCCAUCCAUGAUCCCCUCGAAGGCGCCGCUCAACACCAGGCGUGUCCACACAGGCCUCAAAACCCAAGACUUCUGCUCAGAAAUGACCUCCUUCCUGGAUUCUCUUCACCUCCUCCUCAACCCCCUGGAUCUCACCUUCAACAUCUGCACCGCCCACCCCAGCUUGAUAGUGUCCAAUGAUCUGCGCACAGUCAAGUACAGCUCCACCAAGCAGGCAUAUGCGGAGCACCCAGAGCGUUUUACAAGCGCACCUCAGGUUAUGUGCAGUCAGGGUUUCUCAUGUGGCGAGCAUGUAUGGGUGGUAGAGGUGGGGGCCAACAGCAUGUGGUCACUGGGCGUGUGUUACAAGACCAUCCCUCGCCGUGGCGACCACAGUCGCCUGGGGCACAACUCUGUGUCCUGGCGAUUGCAGUGGAAAAACGGCAAGCUGACAGUGUGCCAGUCCUCCUGUAAUGUGGCUCUGGGGGACAUGACCCAUCCUCCGCUGAAGAUUGAGGUAGCGCUGGACUAUGAGGGGGGGACGUUAACGUUCCAUAGCAUCAAAGGGCGUAGGGAGCACCUCCAUACCUUCAGGGCUGUGUUUAGGGAGCCGGUUUACCCAGCAUUCAGUAUUCAUUCAAACAAACCAGAGUCCUGGAUCACACUGCACAGUGGGAUGUGAACGCAACUGUUUUUGUUUAAUAUUUCCCAAUAGGGCUGCACAAUUAAUCAAAAUAUAAUCUAAAUCACAAUAUGGCUAAGUGCAAUAUCCAAAUGGCAGGAGAUACAAAAAUUCACAGGAGCUGCAAUUGCAAAAAGGCAAAAUGUGUCACAUUGCAUUGUGAGCAACAUAAGCAUUGUGGUGCAACAGACACGCCCCAGCCUACAAAUCAUAUUCUCCAGAUGUUAAAGGAACAUGUUUAUUUGGUACAAGACCAAACAAAAAAUCACAUCAUCAUCAUUUUAAAAUGUUCUUUUCAGUGAAAAUGAAAUGCAAAAAUCACCAUUCCAACUGAAAUCGCAUAUCAUCAAUCGCAUAUCACAAUCGCAAUAUCUGCCAAAAAUAAUUGCAAUAUUUUUUUUUUUGCAUAAAGUCAAGCCCUACUUCCCAAGCAUAGAAUUAAUUGAUGUGUUCCUCUAUGUAACUAUGAUUGGUCUUUGUACUUUACUGGUUUCUCAAAAGUCUGCAUGGAAAUACAGUGAAAAGUACAGAUGUUGCACUUUUGUGUCAUUGCAGUGGAAAUGUGACUUCCCCUUCUCAGAUAAAAGCUUGGGAAUGUAAUUGGCUACCACACAUAAAAUCACACAAAUCAACCAUGCCAUGCGCCAUCUCAUAAAGCCAUGCUAUUAUACAAAGGUGUGUAUUUACUGUCUAGCAUGACUGUAUUAAGGUAAUGGAUUAAUCACAUGAGAUCAUUUAUUAUUCAUGAUCAGGGUGAUUUUUGUGGAGGAUAUAGCUCAGUACAAGUGUUCCAUAAAUUAAUUAGCUUUUUGGGAUUUUCUUUAGUCAUUCUUCAGUCCUUCUGGUGUGCUAUUUGGCAUGUUUCAAUUAUGUCUAUUUAAAGUUAACUAAAUGUCUCUUGAUUAUUGUGUGUUUUGCCUUUUAUUUUCUUUAUAUACAGUAAACAGUAAAAUGUACACAAACUUCACUGUGAACACAGGCUGAAUAUACGAGACAUGUUUGUGUUUAUGCUUCAAAUAAACUCUGAGGAUUAUGA